GCAAACCCAGCCGGCUCCACCAUGCUCGCCCUGGAGGCUGCACAGCAGGACGGGCCACACUUCAGCUGUCUGUACCCAGAUGGCGUCUUCUACGACCUGGACAGCUGCAAGCACCCCAGCUACCCUGACUCAGAGGGGGCUUCUGACUCCCUGUGGGGCUGGGACCUCAGUCCAGCUGUCCCAGCCACCUCGUAUGAAGCCUUCAACCCAGCUGUGGCCAACUUCGGCCACCCCCAGGGAGUCCAGCUCUGUUACGGACCCUCGACCUACAGCCCCAUGGGGAGCCUCGACCCGGCCCCCAGCCUAGAGGCCCCAGGGCCCAGCUUCCCAGCGUACCCCACGGAGGAAUUCACCAGCCAGACCGUGGGCCCCCCGGCAUAUGCCCCCUACCCCAGCCCUGUGCUGUCAGAGGAGGAGGAUCUCCUGCUGGACAGUCCCACCCUGGAGGUUUCAGACAGCGAGUCGGACGAGGCCCUCAUGGCUGGCCCCGAGGGGAGGGGAUCUGAGGCAGGGGCCCGCAAGAAGCUCCGCCUGUACCAGUUCCUGCUGGGGCUCCUGACGCGCGGAGACAUGCGCCACUGCGUGUGGUGGGUGGAGCCGGGCGCCGGGGUCUUCCAAUUCUCCUCCAAGCACAAGGAGCUCCUGGCGCGCCGCUGGGGCCAGCAGAAGGGCAACCGCAAGCGCAUGACCUACCAGAAGCUGGCGCGCGCCCUACGCAACUACGCCAAGACCGGCGAGAUCCGCAAGGUCAAGCGCAAGCUCACCUACCAGUUUGACAGUGCGCUGCUGCCGGCCGCCCGCCGGGCCUGAGCCCAGUGGGGGCUGUCAGGGGCUCCACGCCUGUGUCACGUUGGCGUCCCCACACCCUAGGUCACGGCACCUGUGGAUUCCCCACACUGGGGGGAGGGGGGCCGCUAUAAUCCCUAAGCCCUGCCCAGGGCCCCUCUGGGACACCACCCCUCCCCCAUCGUGUCUGGGGCCCCUCUGGGAUUUCCUUGUCACGUCCAGGAUCCCCAGGAUCCUCAUGUCUGGGUUAUGCGACACAUAGAGGACCAUACUGUGUGUCUGUGUGGAGGGGAGGGGCAGGACAGUCAUUCCAGAUUCCCGAGAGCUUCUCUGGGAUCCCCUUGUGGUGUCUGAGAUCCUCCAACCAAGCCUGGGACCCCUCUGAGCUCCCUUGUGUGUCUGAGAUCCCUUAAUCUCAUCUGGGAAGGGAGAGCCCACGGAUGGUCACACAGGGAGGGGGGUGCCUUGUCGAGGGUCUCUCUGGGAUCCCUUUCUCAUGCCUGAGUCCCUCUUGUCAGAUCUGAGAUCUCCUACUUAGGUCUGGGGGCCUUGCGGAAACCCUUCAUCAAGUCUCAGAUCUCUAUGCCCAUCUGUGACUCUCUUGUCCUACCAGUCCCCCUAAAAUGAUGACCUUUGUCAUCUUGCAAUCUCCUAAUUCUCUGGAACCGCCGUACUGUCACUUCCUUGUGUCUGGAAUUCUCUAAUCACAUCGAGGGUGCCUCUGGGAUCCUUUGGUCACCUCUAAAAACAUCCUGGUCAGGCUUAGAGGGGACCUCAGUGGACCUUGUCUUGUCCAGGCCGCCUCUGGGAUACCCUUAUCUAUCUGGGAUCCUGCAAUCACAUCUGGGGGCCUCCCUGGGAUUCUCCAUCUGCUAUGCCCCUUUGGGGACCCCACCAGCAGACCUGAGUUCUCAUAGGGACCCUUCCCUUCCUGGGAUGCCCUCUGGAGGACCAGGCUAGGGAGCAUUCUGGCCACUCAACUGAUUUCUGGGUGAUCUUGGCAGCCCUCCCCAUGUCAUCUCUAACCAGAGGUCACAAGUUGGUACCCCACCCCCACCCUUCCGGCUCCCUUCGGGGCAGAUCAGAUCUCUGGUGGUGGUUUCUGUAGUUCACUGUGAGGGAGAUUUUGCCUGAUCCUUCACUAAAACUUUGCACAACGCGGCAACAGGCAACAGCGGGCUGCUUUGCGGUGCAGAGAGGCUGGAGGAGGGUGGCAGCCACUCCUAAUGGGGCUUCUGCUCCCCAGUUGGCCCCAGUCCCUGCCGCCCCCGGCUGUCAUACCCCAGUGGCUUUUCUCAGUCACCUGUUGGCCCCCAACCAUUUGCAUUUCGACCCCUGGUGUGAACCCAAGGAGGUGUGAAGCUUGGGUGCACUGUGGGAGCUCUGAUUGGAACCCUCCGGGGGUGCCACAGACCGUGGGCUAGGACGUCAGAGUCCCAGGUCCUGGAGGCUUCGCGGCUGGGGGAAAUCUAGGGUGAAAGACUUGCUGCUUCUGGGCCUCAGUUUGUCCCUUGUGUGAAAGGGGAGAGAAGAAGGAAGCAUGCAGUCAUGCUGAGCCUUUGAUACAUCUUCUGGAAAUCCACCCCACCGCCCAUUCAUUCAUUGACAUCCAGGAGGAGGAGGAGGACAAAGGAGCUUCAAGGACCCAGAGAGGGAAGAGGUCCCUAUGGGGCACACAGCUGCUGGUAGCAGGGCCCAGGCUGGGACCUGCCCUCGAAAGGACAGCACCCCCCACUCCUGGAACGGGGGCAGGGUGGGAGGGGAGUGCUAGGGACAGAAUGUCCCCAGGGCCUCCUCCUGCAAAUGAGGUACCUUUUGCAAAGACUAUUAUCUACCACCCCCAAAAUGUGGAAUAAAAUAAAAUUAAAAAAAUCAAGGUAGACAGACCUCCUAGGACCCUUUGUUAAGGACAGCAAUGCUG